CUUAUUCUUACCAUUCGGAUGACGCUAACGGAGACGAAAGGGCGAGGACAGUGUUUGAAAUGCCAGAGUCCCGUCUACCUGGCACAAGGUAAAGUGACAACUUGCUGAGACAGGAGAUAGACGGGGGCACCGUUCCACAAGUGAUCAGAGCAGCAGAUUUAAGUGAGAUCAGCAGUACGUCUUCUGUGUGUCAGAACUCUCAGCCCAAGGACUGCAGGAACUGAAAGACAGAGAUCACCCUCUUCCGAGCCAAGGCAGAUCGUGAUUAUCUGCCUAGAACCCACCCAAGACCUAACAGCUACUCACAUUCAUCAAGAGUGCAGGUGUUUAAGUCUUUCUUCUGAGCUGACCUUUACUAUUUGCAGCAACUUAAGAGUGGGACUGAGAGCUAUAGCCAGUCGUUACAGGGGCAGCUCAAAGUUUUGAGUGUUUUUUUGCAGCGCACUUCACGCUGUUGCUAACUUUGCGGGCUCUAGUUCUCGGAACUGAUAAAACAGAUUAGAAAAGGAGUGCAUUCUGUAAAAAGUCGAUUGUCAUCACCAGUAUCAAGAGACGUGUAAGGUCCUCUGGCGCUGGGAGGUGGUCUGCUGAACUGCUCCUGGUCACACGUGAAUGGGGAGAUCAUUUAAGGUGGAGAGAGGGCUGCACGACAGUAGACUGUAGGAUCUGCCUUUAACCCACGGAGCAUUCACAGACUGUGAAGGCUGGCAACACAGUAGCAAGGGUCCCAGCUCUGCUUAAUAUAAAUUGAUCAAAUAAUAGAUUUCAUUUCUUGCUCAAGGCCCCCCUUUAACCAUCAAAAUUUCGUCCAAAAGCAGACAAGAGGAUCGCCCAGCUCUGACCCGUAUCGUGGGCAGGAAGCGGCUGAUCGCAGCUGGAGCGUUAGGGGUCAUCAUGGUAUUGCUGCUAGUUAUUCUCAUCCCGGUACUUGUCAGCUCUGCUGGUACAUCAGCUGCGCACUAUGAAAUGCUCGGCACCUGUAGGAUGGUGUGCGAUCCAUAUGGAACCAAAUCGCCUAACACAGCCACAGCAGAGACUGUGCGAGACCACAACUUAAUGCAGUCCCUACCCACCUUCAUCCAGGGGCCCAAAGGAGAGUCAGGUCGCCCGGGCAAGGCAGGGCCCAGGGGGCCACCUGGGGAGCAAGGUCCUCCAGGUCCAAUUGGCCCUCCAGGCGAGAAAGGAGAACCAGGCAAGCAGGGAUUGCCAGGACCACCAGGACCUCCGGAUCCCAGCUCUGCAGGAGCCAUCAGCGCAGCCACCUACAGUACCGUACCCAAGAUCGCUUUUUAUGCCGGACUUAAACGACAGCAUGAGGGUUAUGAGAUUCUCAAAUUCGACGAUGUGGUAACAAAUCUGGGCAAUCACUAUGACCCAAGCACUGGCAAGUUCACUUGUUCCAUCCCUGGCAUCUACUUCUUCACCUACCACGUCCUGAUGAGGGGAGGAGAUGGAACCAGUAUGUGGGCUGAUCUCUGCAAGAAUGGGCAGGUUCGGGCCAGUGCAAUUGCACAAGAUGCAGAUCAGAACUAUGACUACGCCAGUAACAGUGUCGUUCUUCAUCUAGAACCAGGAGAUGAAGUCAACAUUAAGUUAGAUGGAGGAAAGGCACAUGGUGGAAACAACAAUAAAUACAGCACUUUUUCUGGAUUUAUCAUCUACGCUGAUUGACAUAUUCUUAAUAAGAAAGAUUUUACUCUAAGUCUGAAUGCUGGAUUCCAAAUAUCUGAAAUCCAUGAAAAAGAUACCAGUAGAAAGUGACCAAAGGGCAGUUGGGCUGUAUAAGGAAAUCUCAAGCUACCUGACUCACAUCUGUUCACAAAGUGAAAAUACUGACUUUAUUGAAAACUUUUAACAGAUGUGACAUUUGUUAGCACCAAAGUGAAUACUGCUUGUCAUCAGUGUUGUUGUGAAUGAAAACUAAUAUACAUAUAUAUAUCAACAUGAUUUUUAUAAGUGAUUCUAAACAAAUCUGAAUGAUGUAUUUAUUGAUACCUUGAUUUACAUUACAGUAUGUAUUACCUUCAGCUUCAAUUCAUUUAUCAGCUUUGGUCCUUGUGAGUUGCCUGCUUAUGAUAACACUUGGGAGUCGAUCUGCGUUAUAUGAUGAGGAAUGUGCUUAUACAAUGCUUCCAAGACAAUAUAAAGGAAAAGUCAGAAUAUGCCCCUAUAAACAAAUUUAUCUAUUGUACAGAAAUAUAUAAUCAAGUCGUACAUAUACUUUAAACAGAACAUUAAAAGGGAGUUUAUUUAAAUAAACUGUUUAGGAAGAUGAUAAUAUUACUUUGACUACUGCUACCAUGUAACAGCAUUACUGUUCAUUAGAUUACUGCACAGUGAAAAGAAUGUCUAGCAUUUCAUAGUAUCAUUAAAAGUAAUAAAAAGUUAUUUUUUAAUUUA